GCACGUGAGGGCGCUGUAACCACAAACCGGGUUGAUUGCAAAGACUCAAAGAGCUGUAAUUUGGAAAAUGAAUAAGUUGUCUAGAAUCCUUCAAAAAUUUCACCUUUCCUUCCGAGAGUUGGAAUUAAGAUUUUGGGAGAGAUUUGGAGGUAAUCCACCCUUGGGCCCAGCUCUCGCAAUCCAAGGUCCAGCGUUAAUUCAGGACAGAGCAGCAGACAGUGGUGGAGACCUAGCGAGCAUCUUCGAUGGCCUGUUGUGGGCAGUACCCAAGCACAGACGUUCCAUCCAGCGCAAUCGCACCCGACGAAGGGACACACAGAAGCUGAUUAAACACAUACCCCAGGAGAGGUUCACUACUUGUGAAGUCUGUGGUCACACCAGGAUGAUCGGGUUUCUCUGUGGACACUGCUUGAUCAGAAUAAGGCAGGAAACAAGGGAAAUCAGGGACCGACUCAUGGGCCAGCUAGACGAGACCCAAAUGCUCCCAGAGAAGGAAAGCGUCGUCGUGUACGAGGGAGAAACGGCAAGGCCUGAGGACAAGGAGAAGUUGAUCGUUGAAAUGAAAAAGAAAAGACCCCCUUGGUUCAGCAGGGCCCUGCUGGAGUAGCCCUGAGUUGCACAAACAUUUGAUAUCUCCCUGUGACUCUUCCAUUUGGAUGUGUCUGUUCUGGAGUUCUCCGCUUGUCCAGUCAGCUGGCUCCAUCUGUAGUGAUUUACACCAUCAAAUACGGAGGUAACAGCACCCUCUAUGGACCAACCACCAGCAUUAAGAGUUUGCCAUUUCCGAUGCUUUCCAAGUGUUUGGCCCAUAAAGCAUCUGUACAUGUAGGUUUUCAUUUUUCCCCAAAAGAUCGUCAAAAAAAAGUCCCAAGUAUAGAAAGAAAGUGCCAUCAAUCUUCCAUUAAGGUCCCCCCAAAAAGUCUCCAGUUUCUAGUCAGGAGCUGGCUCUAAAAGUGGUGGGGCGACGUAGAUUUUUUUUAACCUGCAUUUUUUAAAAAAUUUUUUCUGGAAAUUAUGCGUGUAUAAUGCGCGAUGUCCAUUGCGACUGCAUGCACACGAAACGCCUGCCGCUACCAACACUAAAAUAGACUGGCCCCUGUGCUUUUAUUGUUUGAAAGCAUUUUCAGUUUGUACAUGUGCACAGGA